AUGCGUCAUUUCCAAUACAUGACUCUUCUACCCCGAGAGAUUCGUGUUCUCGAACUUCAGCCCGGGACUAUUGAAGGUAGCCUUAUAGGCAACAUCCGGCAGAGAUUUCUCUCGCCAUACGAUGAUGAGAUACCCAAGUUUGAGGCCUUGUCUUACACCUGGGGUCACCCGUCUCGGCCACAAUCAAACAGCCUCAGAAAUGAUCCGACGUCAGACAAUCUCGUCUCGGCAAGCGAAAGGAUUACUCUGAAUAUUGCAAAUAACCUGGCAGUUUCUCUCCGUGCUCUUCGAUUGCCAACUGAAGAACGGGUCGUGCUGUGUGACCAGAUCUGUAUCAACCAAGCAGACCUUGGAGAGCGCAGUUAUCAAGUCCAACGCAUUGGCUGA